AUGCAGGCUUCAACAAUGGCCCUGCGACUGCGUUCGACGGCGCCUUUUCGCCGGGGCUACAAUGCCCAUAAUUUAAUCACAGCUCACCGUCGGCAUUUCGCGUCGCAUUCCAGCGCCCGGUACCUUCCCCUGAACUUCACUUCUGCACAACCUCACAUCUCCAAAACAACAAAUGCUGACCAGUGUUUUUCUUGUACCAGACCGUACGAUGUCGUCGUUAUCGGAGGCGGCCACGCCGGCGCAGAAGCAUGCGCAGCAGCAGCACGCUCCGGCGCUCACACAGCUCUAGUCACCCCAUCGCUCUCAAACAUCGGCGUCUGUUCCUGCAACCCCAGCUUUGGCGGAAUCGGCAAGGGGACCAUGAUCCGCGAGAUUGACGCUUUGGACGGUGUCGCAGGACGCAUAAUCGACAAGGCGGGCAUCAUGUUUCGCAUGCUGAACCGCUCAAAGGGCCCGGCUGUCUGGGGUCCGCGUGCCCAGAUCGAUCGCGACUUGUAUCAGAGGUAUAUGCGGGAUGAGUUGGUGUCGACUAAGAACUUGAGCAUUCUCGAAGGCAAAGUCGCAGAUAUUGUUUUGUCGCGGGAGGAGGAUGGCGUGUUGUCGGCAGGUACAAAGGGAAAGAUUGUCGGCGUGAGGCUAGAGUCUGGCGAAGUGAUCCCGACGAGCCGUGUUGUUAUUACUACCGGCACCUUUUUGGGCGGAGAAAUACACAUCGGGCUGGAGGUCUAUCCGUCUGGACGCAUGGGCGAGGCGGCCACAUUCGGACUGAGCAAGUCUCUCCGCGACGCAGGCUUUGAACUCGGCCGGUUAAAGACAGGAACACCGCCACGGUUGGAUAAAAAGUCUAUCGAUUUCUCGUCUCUAGAGGUGCAGCCUGGCGACUCGCCGCCAAACCCAUUUUCAUACAUGAACGACGCAGUGCAGGUUGGAGACGAAGGGCAGCUGACAUGUUGGAUGACGCAUACAAACGAAGAGUCGCACAAAAUCAUCAGGGCCAAUUUGGACAAAUCAAUACAUAUCCGGGAAACCGUCAAGGGUCCACGAUACUGCCCGUCGUUGGAGUCCAAGAUUAUUCGGUUCACCGACAAGCCGCAACAUCAAAUUUGGCUGGAGCCCGAGGGAUUUGCGCCAAACGAUGUCAUCUAUCCCAACGGCAUAUCCAUGACGGUGCCGGCGGAUGCACAAGAGGCCAUGCUACGGACAGUGCGCGGUUUAGAGAAUGUGCGCAUGCUACAACCUGGGUACGGGGUGGAAUACGACUACGUGGACCCUCGCAACCUCAAGCCUACUCUCGAGACAAAGCUCAUCUCUGGACUGUACCUGGCCGGACAAAUCAACGGCACGACCGGCUACGAAGAAGCAGCCGGACAGGGUGUUUUGGCGGGCACAAACGCUGGACUGGCGGCGCUGGGCCGACCGCCCAUGAUUCUCUCCAGGGCAGACGGGUACAUUGGCAUCAUGGUGGACGAUUUGAUCACCAAGGGAGUCUCGGAGCCGUACCGCAUGUUCACUACUCGCAGCGAGUUCCGCAUCUCAGCGCGUUCUGACAAUGCCGAUCUCCGGCUGACCGCCAUGGGCCGCGAGGCAUCUGUUGUAUCUGACAAGCGCUGGAAUCAUUUUGCAGAGACCAAGGCGCAAAUCGACGAGCUCUGGUCGUUGCUGGAAAACACCAGGUUUACCUCGAACCACUGGUCACGACUGGGCUUCCCAACACGCGUGGACACGUCGUACCGGACUGCGCUCGACAUGCUCUGCCUCAAGGGCGUCUCGGUCGAAUCACUAAUACCCUACAUCGAGUCCUCAACAAAAGGAAUAGCAUACUCGGCCACAUCCUUCCCAGCCGAAAUCCGGAAGCGGGUGACGAUCGAAGCCCAGUAUGCGCCGUACGUGACGCGCCAAAAUCUCAUGGCCGAGCGUUUCAAACGCGAAGAAAACAUGCUGCUGCCGCCAGGCCUGGACUAUGCAACAGUGCAUGGCAUCAGCACUGAAGAGCGGCAGAUUUUGGGCCGCGUGCGGCCUGAAAGCAUCGGCAUGAUGCGGCGCAUUGAGGGCAUCACGCCGACCGGUGCGCUUCGAUUGAUGAUGCACGUUCGCCAGGCGGAGCGACUGGGAGAGCAGGAUAUUGCGAGUGCGACGCUUACAUGA